AUGUCUCUACUCCAACUGGAAUUGGAACAGCAAGCGGUGGAUCACCAGCAGAGCCCAAUGCACCGCAGUGAGAGUUUACCAUCAGGGAUCGUUGCAGAGCACUGCGGGGCAAUCCAAAUGACUAGAGAUGCAACGGGGAGGAGUGAAGAUGGAAUCUUGGCUGUUGAGAUGAACAGAAGCCCAUUAAUUAUUGAGUUGAGACAGGAUCUGGAUCUGGAUCUGGAUCUGGAUCGAUACUGCAAUCAAUCUCCCAAUGUAGGGAUGUAUAGGUUCAUGGCUGCAACCCACAUUGAUACAUUGGAAGGACAAUUGAAGGAUGAAGUACACAACAGUCACCUACUGAGAGAAGAAUUAGAGGCAUCCAGGAAGCUGUGCUGUAAGCUCCAUGAAACUUGUUCCCGUGGUGACGUGGCUAGAUCCGUGCUUAAUGUAUCUCAAUCAGCGACGACGACGGAGUCACUCCCAGUCAAACACAAGUCUGUGCAAACUCUGCUGACCACUGAUAAUGAAAAUGGAUGUGCGAGGCAGCCUUUAUGCAGAGAGCAAAUCAAGCAAGUCCGAGUUUCAAGUGCAGCGAGUCAAUACAAGGAGGCAAGGAUAGCUGAGGAAUAUCAAGACAAAAUCAGUGAUUUACAACAGGAGUGCAAAGAGAGAGAUUACCAGGUGAUGAAGAUAACUCAUCAGCUCUCAGAGUUCAUCCACCGAAGCACUAAGCUAGAGGCAGAGCAGGUGUCACUGAAAGAUAAUUUACGACGAGCGAACAACAGAGUGAAGUCAAGAGAGGAGCAACUGGUGCAAUCUCAAAAACUUCUGGAGAAGACGAUGCUCGAGUUAGACACAGAACAAGAAUGCAAGACCUCCUCGAUGAAGAAAUGUGCCAAACUAGAAGAGCAGUCUGCAGAGUAUGAGCAUGAACUGGCCGAGUUAACUGAAGAACUGAGUCUCAGCAAUCAUAAAUGCAGACAGUUAAAUCGAAGGAUUCUUCUUCUGAAUGACUCACUAGACGACAAACGGGGUGAAGUCUCACAGAAGGAAACUGAUCUUGAGACUAAAAACACCAUCUUAGAAGCAAUUAAGACAAUUGCUUACACCUCCCCAUCACCCAGACCAGGUAGCUGCCCCUCACACACGCCCAGAACGGAUCAUUCCUUCUCGUCCUACACCACCCCAACAAGAGCACAGAGGAACAUUGAUCACCAUUCAGUCAUUGAACAAAGAACUCAACUCUUGACCCACAGGCCACACCCACCGAAAACGUCCAACCAACCAUCUCCUUGCUAUUCCUACACCGCUGAUGAUUUGCAUAAUAGCGAAAGUUCCAACAGCUUCGUGGAAAGUCAGCAGAGUGACAAGCAAAUGUGUGAUGGAGAUUCUAGUUCAGAUGCCAGUAGUCAGUAUCAGAGUACAGUGUGCGAAAGUUUAAACUCAGAGGGUCUAGAUGCUGAUGAUGAAGGGGGGUUGGAUGUAGAAGAGGAAUGCUGCGAGGCGGACCUUCAAGAAGGAGGCGGGGGAGAGAGAGCGGUCAAGUAUGGAGUGGAGGCUGAAGGACUGCUGCUAAGAAAACAUGAACAGGAGAACUACGCCAUGCGAUCAAGAAACAGAUCUUGGCAUUACGUGUACAUUGUACAGCACGGAACGCUCCUGUGGUUUUAUGAGACCAGAGAUCAUAAAAUACGAGGCAAGACUCUUCAUAACGAACAACCGGUGGAUCUGAUGGACGCCUACGUCACUGUAGCGUUGGAUUACAAACAAAAGAAACACGUCUUCAGAGUACAGUUAUCGAGUGGUCAGCAGUAUAUCUUUCAAGCGAGGGACGAUCGUGAGAUGUUGUAUUGGGUCUGCUGUAUGGACAGUGCGGCACGUUGCCAGACUGCUCAGUCCAAUGGAAUACCUCCAUCUAUUGGGACGGUUGCCGAACCCCAGAUGGGAUCCCCAAGCAAGAGCGACAGAAUCAAACGAGUCAUUAAGAGUAGUUUAUCCGCCUUGAAAAAAUAG